UCAGCAACAAAUGACAAAAUCAAGAAAUGCCAUGAAUGCUUUCGCGGAUAACGUUUUUCAGUCAGAAGAAGAAAUCCUUGCUGUUGCUAACGUGAUGAAAGCAAUGUCUUCAUAUGAGCGUGACCUAGAAUAUGCAGAAGAAUUACAGCUUCGAGAAGUGAUGGAAGCUAGCAAGCCAAUAAACUCAAGAAAAGGAGCAGUUCACCAGAGUUUAGCCGACCUAUCCCUCGAAAAUAUAUCAAAAGCAUACUCUCUUCAAGCAGCUCAGCUGUUUCUGCUCGCAAGUAACAAGAAGGCUACAGAAACUUUUAACAAAAUUGAGAAGCAUGAACAAACAGGUCAUCGGAAAGGAAGAAACGUCAAGGAGAGCAAAGAUGACCGUUUUGUAUCGAACAAGCUGCCCGCCAAACGUAAGUUUGGUGAAACAGUAACUUCUCAGGAUACCUCUGACACAACCGGUUCGUUUUGCAAUUAG